CUCAGCUGGCUGAAACUCAGUGAGAAUGCAUUGUCCAUCAUCAAUGAGACAGUCUUUCAGUCCCUCCCGGCCUUGACAUAUCUGGACCUGACUGAUAACCCUCUGACAUGCGAAUGCUCUAAUUCUGGUUUUAACCAAUGGGUGCAGAGCACCAACCAGACACAGGUUGUUAAUGGCCACCAGUAUACUUGUGCCUUUCCUGUGAGCCAACAGGGAAAUAUGUUCCUGGACUUUGACAUUGAAUCCUGUUGGAUAGACGCCGGCUUCCUCUGCUUCAUUUCUAGCGCUAGUCUCACUGUGCUCACUCUCCUCACAACAUUCAUCUACCACUUCAUGAGGUGGCACCUAGUCUACGCCUACUACCUCUUCCUGGCCUUCCUCUAUGAUAAGAAGAGGGGAAAGAAGGGCACUCGUCACCACUAUGAUGCUUUUGUGUCCUACAACGUUCACGAUGAGGCCUGGGUCUACAGAGAGAUGCUUCCAGUGCUGGAAGGAGAGCAAGGCUGGAGGCUGUGUCUGCACCACAGAGACUUCGAACCAGGUAAGCCCAUCGUAGAAAACAUUACAGACGCAAUCUAUGGCAGCAGGAAGACCAUCUGUGUGAUCAGCCGGCACUACCUGCAGAGUGAGUGGUGCUCCAGAGAGAUCCAGAUGGCCAGCUACCGUCUGUUUGACGAGCAGAAGGAUGUGUUGAUCCUGCUGUUUUUGGAGCACAUCCCCGCCCAGCAGCUGUCUGCGUACUACCAAAUGAGGAGUCUGGUGAAGAAACGCACUUACCUGAGCUGGCCGCAAGCCGUUCAACACACUGGAGUCUUCUGGCAGAGCUUACAGCGAGCUCUGAGUUCAGAUGAAAGUGCCACUGAGCACACACCCCUCCUCAAUGGACACCUAAGCUCUAUUCACUGAGAUUUCCUUUUACAACCAGAAAUGAGGGGAAAUUAAUCAUUAGUUGAUUUUGAAAUCCGAAAAUUAUAAAAUAAGAAUGUCCUUAAGAGCAGAUUUAAAUUUAAAAGGGAAUUUAUUGGGGAACGUUCUACCUGUAAAGGUAAUUUAUUAGUCAUUUGGAGUAAAACACAGCCUGUACAAACUAUAUACUAUAUAUACUAUAAUACUGUUUUCUGUGGCUUUGGAGGAGCUUUCAAGACAAGACAUCACCCAGGUAUCUGGGCUUUGAGAUUACAAAUUUUCAAAUCCUGCAUUACAAACUGGGGUGUACUGUACUUAAGUACAAUAUUGAGGUACUUGUGCAUGUACUGCUACUUUAUACUCCUACUUCACUAAAAUAAUUUUGGGAUUUUUACCCUGCUACUUUCAU